UGCGACUCCACCAGCGACAAACAUGUAAAACUUGGAAGUCAGUCCCGGUGAAUACAAGACCUUCGAUUAGAGUGAAACAAGCUGUUGGUAACAUGGGGAAUAACUCUGGAAAAGAACGACAUGGGUCUUCAGGCACUGCUGCGGAAAUGUAUGAAACACCUCCCGCCUCGCCGUAUAGUGUUGUUACUACCUGCUCACCAACCACACAAUUGGUGUCCAUUUCCAAAUGUACAAGCACAGCCACCCCUGAAUCAGCUCAAGACGCUCUGAGCUCCACCAAUCAGAAUGUUGAGCCAUUGUUGGACUGCAGGACAGGGCCUGCAAAGGAGGCUGAGGAGGGACUUAAGAUGACAGAAUCACCUGGGCAGGUGUCUUAUCUCUCAGAUGUGUGUAUGAAUGGAGACACAGAAGUGGACGCAAAACUUCUACAGGAGUGUUUGAACACACUGCAGCUUAACAACAUUGAAGAAUCCACGCACAUAUUAAAUGAUUUGUUAAAAUGUUUUCUGGUGGAGAGGGAGAAGAUGAAGGAGGAAUUGAGAAGUUGUAAGGAGAAGAUUCAGUUUGUGCUUGACACUUUGGUUUCUAAAAUUCCCUCUUUUGAAGACAGAGGAAAACGCAACAGGAAGUCACAUUGUUCCCAGAGGAGCCUGUGCCAGCUGCCCUCAGAUUACCCUGAUGUUGUUGUAAAUGGUACUUCCCAACCUUCCGUUACUAUGACAACAGUAUCUACUUCUCAGAGCAAGACUCGAGCAGUAAGUUUAGACCAACAGAACAACAAGACCAGCACCAAUAGAGAUAAGAAAGUGGAGAAUUCACUCCUACAGACAUGCAACUCUUCGGUUUUAGAUGUGACAAAUAAGAUCAACAGGACAAGGACACAGGAGGAUUUCCUAUCAGGACUCAGGUCACUGAGGCUUCAUGGCAGCUCCAGACGGAACUCCCUGCUUCGCUGGUGUCAAGGAAGAACUCAGGGAUACAAGAAUAUUGAGAUCACUAAUUUCAGCAGUUGCUGGGUGGAUGGUUUGGCCUUUUGUGCGAUUUACCACAGUUACCUCCCCUCUCACAUACCAUAUGACAAACUCAGUCCAGAGAAUAAGAAAGAGAAUCUCACUCUUGCAUUCCAGACUGGAGAAGGUUUUGGAAUCUCUGCAUCACUGACGGUGGAGGAGAUGCUAAAAGAAGAAGCACCGGACUGGCACAGAGUUCUGGAAUACGUAGAGAGCAUCUACCGCCACUUUGAGAUGUAAGACUGUGAAUAUAUACACGUCCUGAUCAUUUAUACCGUGAUCACGAAUGCUUUCAAAAUUCCACCACAGCAAAAGUAUAUUCUCAGAGGGGAGCACACAACUUAAAGAAACCUUAAAGUGGACCUUUAGGAUCUUUAGCUGUUGGUCUGCGAUCGGAUUUUCGGACAAAACCUAAGAGGUUUGUAAUAGAGAAGGUUUUGCUGGUUAGCAUGGCCUGCUAACACUGCCACAUAUUCUGACUUCUUGCAAACAACAAAUGAAUUGCUUGUUUCAUUAUAUUAUAUUGAAGAGCUGUCAAAUGGACCUAAGGGCUUGUGACUAUGUGCUCUCUUGAUGUGCCAUUAACCAAUCAGCAUUUACAGCUGAGGGGAUUAGCUCAAAAUUGUUUGUGCCAAGAACUGAGAGCCCGAAAAGGAAGCAAGCAGGUUGCUUACUUCUGGGGAUCCUGCACCAAUUUUGCAUUCACACCACUGAGAUGAGCUGGAAUGCUAUUGAAUAGCUUGUCCUAGUAUUAUAGAUCUCCUGAGAAAGGCUGGAGUAUCAGUGUAAAGUAGGGUUUUGAGUUGGAUGAGGAGUGUCCAUCAAAAUUACUGUUUUGUUUGUUAUUGCUGCUUUCUGCCCUCUGUUGGUUUUCAUUUAGUAUUGCAGUUUCAAUUUGUUGUUUGUCAUUUUGCUCUUUUUUAUUCAGAUUCUUAUGCAGUAAGACCUGGACUACAGUAUAAAUCUCAAAUCACAGAAAUCAUUACUCUUGUAUGUGUGCCAUGUUUUUUCGCUGUGAUCUGAUUAAGGAACCGAGCUGAUUCAUUCAGCAGCUGUAAUAUCAUCCUGUUUUGUUGUCUUUGAGCCCCAAAACCAUCAUUGAUACUCUGACACCAAAGUACCAUUAGUGUGAUGUAUAUAUUAAAGGAAAAUAAGAUUCCAAAGACAAGCAUUAAUAAAUCAAUGUUUUGUUUUUACUGUUUAGCUCUAUUUUUCUUAAUGCGCAUUCAGACGUGUAGUUUUCCCUGACAAAUCUGUGAGGCUUAGCAAGCCUGUUUACGUGAGAAUGUGUAGGAAAACUGUUGGACUAAAGGAAAAUAUUCAUGAAUUUGAAAGGGACAUUUAGGCAUCAUAGAUUCAACAGCCUCGAAUGUCAGUGGCUGCGCAAAAUUAUUCUGGCACAAAAAUUUA